AAAGCCAUUUAAUAUUGACGUUGUAGUUGAAAGAGUUAAACGCGGGACGACGGCCAUGAAACAUUAGUUAUUUUAGCUGGCUGGACAACUUGCAAUCAUGACAAUGGACUGUAUAGUACCGCAACCAAUUUGGACAGGAGGCUACCAUCACGGUGGCCUUGCCUCUCUUCACUCUCAUUAUUUCGCUCCAUACUACAUCCCCAGGAAACGCAGUUCCUUCUCCUGCUCCUACUUCUCAGGACCGUACGGUUUACCCUCUAGAUUAGAUGACGAUGUGGCUUUCCCCACUGAUAUAAAACUAGAAAGAGCCGACGACUGUACCCCUGAGGAGGACAAGGAUUUGAAGAUCUGCGUAGUUUGCGGUGAACGGGCCAGUGGCUACUACUUUGGGGCUCUCGUCUGUCUGCCCUGCAAGAGCUUUUAUAUCAGAUGCACAAAAGAUGGCGAGCCCACCUUUACUUGUCAAUGUAAUGGGAACUGUGACAUUGCGAAGCAAGGACGCAUCCGCUGUCAGUAUUGUCGCUACCAACGCUGUCUUAUGGCAGGCAUGUGCAGGAAAGAGAAACCUGAAACAGUCCAGCCAGCAGAUGGCCAAGUUUUGUGUAAAGUUUGUGGGGAUAUUGCUAAUGGUAUCCAUUUUGGAGUGAACACAUGUGAAGGGUGCAAGAAAUUUUUCCGUCGGGGAUUAGUUGAAAAUCAAAGUUACCUUUGCAAAAGUGAGAAAAAGUGCACAAUCAACCCACGGAACCGAAAUAAUUGCCGAUACUGUCGUUACCAAAAAUGCAUCAGUGUUGGAAUGUCCCGAGAGGCCAUAAAGAUGGGUCGUCCCAAGAAAGCCGAAACAACAGAAUCAAACAAUUCUGCAAAUGCUGCAGAUGCUUCAGAAUCUCCCUCCAUUUCACCCGUUCCCUCACCCCCCAUCAACUUUUCACCAGGAUCCUCUCCCUCCCGACACCAGGUCAAUGACAACUUGUUUGACCUGUCAAAGGUCAAGGCUGAACCAUCCAACUGCGAUCUCACAAGAAUGUCUCCACCAUCUCUCAACAGCCCCGCCGCAGAUGGAAACUUGGCGAAGCCUUCUUAUGCUGACACUACCCAAUCUUAUGCUGUCCCUUACACACAGAGCUGGUCAUCGUCAGCCUCUCACAAUAUGGACUGGCCCCAGAACCAGAGGAAUUCACACAUCAAUUGGCACCAAGAAAUUGCACAAUCUGUUGCUCAGCAGCAAAUGGUAUCCAGUGCUACAACAGCUCAGACAGUGAUGUCUGUCAGCAACUCUAUGCCAGUACAAAGUCAAGCUGUUCAAAACACUAAUGUAGUGUAUGAGGAAGAUGACAUGGAUGACAUUUUGGCUUACCUUUCUCAAGACCAGACUCCACUGGAACCCAAAAAGAAUUCCAUCCAGAACAUUGCUGUCCAGUCAUCGGAACAAAGCUUUACACCUAAUGCACCAAUGCAACAGCAGCAGUCAUGCAUGAUUGAUACCCAUUCAUCUGUGCCCAAUUUUCCUGUCCCAUCAUCAAAGCAGUUUAAGCAACAGAUUAAUGCCUUCAACAAUCAGAUGCUUCAAAGCGAUAGUUACAGCCCUCUGAAUGUUGACACGUCCCCUGGGCACUCUGUUUGUUCUAACAGAAUCAACUACCCAAGCCCUACCUAUCAGUAUGGUAAUGGAUCUCCAAAUCAUUACAGCCAGCAGUCCCCAGAGCAUUCCUAUGGUCCCCAUUCUCCACAGUGCAUGCCUCCAUCUCCCCAGUAUCAGCAACAGCCAUCGCCCUAUUCUCCCUGUCAAUAUCAGAACUCUCCUUUAGAUUCAAAUCAGUACCAUGCUAACUCACCCCAGGCAGCCAGUCCAAAUUAUCCUCCAUCCCCAUCCAACAAUGCUUACACCCCUCUGACACCUUACCCACAGAAUGCAUAUGCUGGACAAGGUUCACCCUCAGGGGCUAUGAUGGGAGAAAAAGUUAUGCCUUAUUUGGACAUGAAAGGUCAGAUGAAAAUCAAUCAGAUGUUUAUGAACUGUGAUGAUAACAUUCAGAAUUUCCAAGAGGAUUCAAACAGUGAUGGGUUUGUUUCUAGAGCUGAAUUUGACAGAAAUCUAAUAAUAAAAACUCUACAGCUCCAUAGAGGGAAUGGUCCCGAGUACUACUCCAGCCCUGAAUCUUCUCCUCAUAGCCAUCAUGACAGUAGCGAUGACUCGAGCGAUGCUUACUUCACAAAUAGCUGUGGUCAGAAGCGGAAAUCCCAUGACACAGUUGGCAUGCACUAUGAGAGUAUGGGAGGUGGCAGCUUUUUCACUGGCAAUGAUAAAGAUUUUCAGUGUGAGAACUACAGCAUGAUGAAAUCUCAGAGGUACUGGAAUGAGCCACAAAGACUGAUGACACAGGGUCCACUCACAGAAGAAAUGAUGGCCUUUACCAAUCAUAUCAUGGCUGGCUACUCUAAAUUUGUCACAUCUUGUGAUGAGGGCAAAAAGAAUUUGCAAGAAGUGCUCAAGGGUCAGUGGCCUGCUUUUGGGAAGGAAGAAAGUCACUGGAAUCAUGUACAGCGGCGGGUGAUCAGAAAUAUCACAGGCUUCAUGAAUUUUGUGAAAACUAUUCCAGGCUUUGACAGUAUCAACAGUGAGGAUGCAGCCGAGCUGUGUGUCAUGAACAGCUUUCAUAUCGCCAUCAUUUUGUCUGCCAACAAUUACUAUGACAAAGAGCAGAAGAGAUUUCAGUAUUUCUGGAACUGGACCUUGUCCCCGAACAACCCCAUGUACUUCUUCAAGCUUCGCCUGCUCCAGUGCGGGGAACAUCUGAACCGACUCAAUUUGACACCGAUGGAGGAAACUUUCCUUUCAGUCAUAACUUUCCUAAGCACUGAUAUUACAAACUUGAGAGAUCCUGCCACUUUGGAAUCACUCAGACAAAAGAUGAUUCACAUCUUCCAAGCACAGCUGAUAGCACAAGGAGUAGACCCCAUUCAACGCAUCCAGGAACUAUUCAGAGUCAUGCCAGACUGCCGCCAUUGCUCUAUGUGGCACAAGCAGCUGAUGAGUAAGAUGAAGACCAACAUGGAAAAUCAAGAGAUGCACCAGUUGUUUGACAAACUCGACCUGGAAAACCCCAUGUCUUAAGACUAUCUCUGGGAAGGUCUUGUGAAAAGAUGUUAUAAUUUUGUAUAAGCAUGUGACUGUCACAUGUUGGCAUGGACUUCAAAGAGUCCUAUUGAAUUGUUGUUACAAAUUUACAUAUUGUUCUAUUCACAGCUUUAAAUACACAAACUCGACGAUUGUCCACACUUUGGACAUGUAUUUAGUAGGUAACGUAUUGACAAGCUGUCAAUGGAAUGACAUGUUGUUUGGCCUCAAGAUCGAGGCAUUUUUGACAUUGACAUGACAACAAAUGAGUGUUUGAUUAAUAUUUUUGACAAGGUUCCUUUGGAACUGAUCAUUUUUGUAAUCUACAUUUACAUGUUUCAGUACAUGUAUAGCUAUAUUUUUUUUUUUUUUGGUAAAGAAUUGGUUUUUCUUUUCUUUUUUUCUAUGACAUGUAUAAUGGAAGUUGUUUCGUCCCCUGAUCCUGCUUUAUACCCUGGGUCAGACGUUUGGGAUUCAAGUUUUUGGCUUUUUUAAUAGGUGUAUAUGAUUAUACACAGAUUAGAUAUUAUUGCUGGGUUUAUCCAUUGCAUAAUGUUUUCAGAAUGUUUGCAAUUAUUGAGAAAUGACUGACGUGAACAUUUUACUAACAUUCACUGUGCAAUUUAAGAGUUGUUGACCAAAUUGGGAGACAAAAACAAGACACUUUGUACUAAUAUUGUAAAAAGAUAUGUUUUAUGAAUUACUUUUAAUUUUGCAAAAGCUAAUGAAAACAAAUAAGUCGGAUGAUUUUUUUUUCUUUUGCCCAUGUUUCAUAGAAUCUUUUCUAUGUACAUUGGCAACCAUGAUUUUUAAUUGUUAAAGAUUUGGAUACUUCUGAGGUUUCAUUUUGUAAAAUAUUUUUGAGAGUGCAUCCCAUGCACUUAUUGUUGGGGUUGAGGUAACGACCAUUCUAAAAUUCAAUGAAAUAAGGUAAAUAUGCUGAAUAUUCGUAUAACGGGGCGUUUUUAUAAGUAAUCAAGUAAUUUUUAAAACAAACAAAACAUUUUGAUAGAUAGAGUCAUAUCUGUGAGUAUUUUUAAAAAGAGAGAGCUGGAAACAGUUUUAUGAUGUCUUAAGACGCUGCGUGUAUUGCUAGUACUGGUCCUCUAUUUAUUAACUGCAUUGUUGCUACAUAUAAUAAAUAAGUACAUGUUACAUCAUGCAAGUAAGCACUUUUGAUGAUCUUGUGCAUAACAUAUGUAUCCCUGGUUAAAUUAAUUAAACAUUAAGAGAAUACUUAAAUUAUAUUCUCCUCUUUAAAAAGUAGGCAUAAGUUGUUGUUAUUUUUUCAUAUCAUUUGCUUAAUGUUACUUGUAUUUGCAAACCAUGUAAGUAAAUAAAUGGUUUUAUUUUGAAUAAAUCAUCAUAAUUUUACAACAAUGCUGUAUUAUAGCCCCUGCAUGCCGCUUUAGGCAACUUCCUUGGUAUUUUUUUUGUCAAAAAAUUUUGAUUCAAUUUAUUAUUCUAACCACACUAUAGAUAAAUUUGAUUUUAUUUCCAAAUAAAAGAGGAUUUGUGAAUAACUUGUCUAACAUUGUGUUAAGGUAAAACGCUUCAAGUUUCACAUUAAUCAGAAUAUGAUAGUAAACCCAUCUUGGAUGCGCAUUAAACAUAUCAGUUUUAAUUGAACCUACAUGGAUGGGGUGGGGUCAUUAUUGGGGGGGGGGGUUCAAUUUAAUUUCUAUUUCAUGAAAGUGUUUGUUUUUUAUGGGGUUUUUAAAAGUUUUUUUUCUUCUUUUGUUUGGGUAAUUGAUAGAUGAAAGAAUCUGCAUUAUGUCACAAAGUUGAUAUAAGAAAGAGAUGGCUUUGUGCAAAUGCAUUCAUAAGGAAGACAGGAAUAUUUUUCCGUCCACUAAUAUUUGUAGAGAUUUUAUUGAGAGUAAGAGGUUAUGUUGAUUGUUUUUUGUAGAUGUGUAAUAUAUUUACCUAUGAUGUAUGUGUAUCAACUGUGUCCAUAUUAAUUUUCAUUUUGUUCGAAGCUCAUACAUGUAAAGAAGUUCAAAUGUUUUUUAACUCAUCAGGGAAAUUAGUCGAUAUAUUUUUAUCUGGAGAAAAGCAGAUUUUGUUACUGAGUUUUUAUUGUGUUGUCUUUUGAGAGUCUGAUUGGGUUUGGUAAUGAAAAAAAAAUUAAUUUAAACAAAAAAUAUAUUAAAAUUUGAAUAAAGUAAUACAUGUAUAGCAAGCGAUCAGACUACCGCUUAUUAAAAGUUGAUUAACUUUAAGGCAAGAUUGACGUUGGACAAAUCAUUCCUGAUGUUGUUAAAUCUAUUGUUUUGUAAUCACAUUCCAUAUGUUUGAUAAGAACCCCCACUGAUAUGUGGAUAAAAUCACACAUUCCAGACAAAGGUGUAGCUUUGUAUAUACAUACAUUCAACAUCCAUGUUUCCGUAGCUGAUCAUUGUAUUUGCUGUAUUAAUGGCUGUGUAUGGUGUGCCUUUUAUUCAGUCAAUAUAUAUGAACAACAAGAAUUAUAAGAACUUGUUGUAAAUACAAAUUUGCGCUGUUUAUUUCUCCGUUUCUAGAUGUCAUGUCUUUUUUCAUAAUCAUCAAAUUAAAAACUUCAGCAAAAUGGUUGUUAUUGAGAAAUGU